GGACACAAAGAGAGGAUAAGGAAGAUAGUCAUCCGUCCAGGUCCAGCCCCUGGAGUGGCCAUGGCGGCCGCCGUCCAUGUCCAUGUCCACCUCCACCACCAUUACCACAUCCCCCUCCUCUGUCCGCCGCCUCGCCGGACCGGCCUCUUCUUGUCGCCGUGGCGCGCUCUCUCUCUCCCGCUCCCGCUCCCGCUCCCGCCCGCCCGCCUCCGAUCCUCCUUCCCCGCCCCCACCUCCCACCCGGCCGUCGCCGGCACAGAUGAGUGGGAGGCCAAGGCGGAGUUCGUGGUGGUCACGUUCUACAAGCUGGUGCCCGUGGAGGACCCCCGCGCCGAGGUCGCCGCGCACCUCCACUUCCUCCAGGGACGCGACAUAGACAUACAGGGUCGCAUCUACAUGAACCAGCAGGGGAUCAACGCUCAGUACAGUGGUCCGCGCAAAGAUGCAAUGGCGUACGCUGAUUGGGUCAGGAAAGAUCGGCGUUUCUCUGAUAUACUCAUCCAAAUUUCGCCAGCGUUAAGCGGGCAUGCUUUUCCUCGGCUCAAACUGCGCUACAAACAAUCUCUUGUUCAGUUGGAAGGAGGGAGUUGUCAUCUUCCUUUGGUGGAACCUAGCAUGCGCGCUUCACCACUGACCCCAUCCGAGUGGAGGGAGAAGCUUGAAGCUAGGAAACGCCUUGAAACCGGAGCACCUGGAGAUACCUCUGAAGGACGAAAGCUUUUGCUCCUUGACGUUAGGAAUGACUAUGAAUGGGACAUUGGACAUUUUGAAGGAGCCAAGAGGCCUAACGUGGACUGCUUCAGAAGCACUUCAUUUGGGCUGUCAAACUCAGAGCAGGAGAUGGAUUCGACGGACCCUCUGCAUGGAGUAGACAAAGAGAACACAGACAUAUUAAUGUACUGCACGGGUGGCAUAAGAUGCGACGUCUACUCAACGAUCUUGAGGGAGAAGGGUUUCGGGAACCUGUACACUCUGAAGGGGGGCGUGUCCAACUACCUCAAGAGCCAAGGGAGCGCGGAGUGGGUGGGUAACCUGUUUGUGUUCGACGACCGGCUCUCCCUGCCACCGGCCAAGUUUGCAGAGGCAGAAGCCGCAGCAGAAGAAGGGGGUGCCGACAACGGGGAUCUGUCGUCGUCUCGGUGGCUGGGGCGGUGCUACGUGUGCGGGUCGGAGGUGGAGGAGCUGAGGCACCGCAACUGCGCCAGCAUCGACUGCAACCGCCUCUACCUGUGCUGCGGUGGGUGCUUGGAGGAGCUGAGGGGCUGCUGCUGCUCGGAGUGCAUGGGCGCGCCACGACUGCGGCGGCUGCUGCCGGGGCACCAGAGAUACGACAAGUGGCAUCUGUACCGCGAUGACGCCUCGACCAUCUCUAGCUGAGCUGAGCAUCAUCCGGUGCAGUGCACUAGUUGCUCGAUUACAGAAGGUUUGCAAGUAGCUAUCUCUCUCUGUUUCUCUCGUGUAUACUACUAUUACUACUACUACUACUACUACUACUACUACUACUACUUGUGUUUCAGAAGAUAGACAAACAUGUAGGAAGCAACAGUAAGUGGCUGGAGUAAAAUUCUUUUGUGCCUUCAAGAGGAAACAUUUUCUUGCAUUCUGAUU